ACGGUCAUUGUCAACUUUCUGGACACACAAAGGCAGACAGAAUGGAUUUCCUCCGGCUACAUCUCCCUGGGCUGCAUCAGGCUUUGAGGGGGACACUGGAUUCCAUCAGCACCUUUGUCUCCUACCUUUUGGGAGAUGAGGUCCCCACUGCAGAGAGGAGGGAGGCAUGGGCAGCCGAGGCACUGGGGGAGGUGGCUGCAGGAAGGCGAGGGAGUACUGUGGAGGAGGAAGCCCAGGAGGCCUUGGAGGGUGUUGGAAGCAGCCAAAGCCAGGGGGAUGGAGGACUGAGAGGGCCUGGAGAGGCUAGAUUACACCAGGAGGGAAGCUCAGCUACAGAACAGACCUGGAGUUGGGGAGAUGGCAGCUCCCAGGGGUCUCAAGGAGAUAGGCAGGAUUCUGGAGUGCGGGAGGCAACCAAGGCCUCCAGGUGCCAGGAGCCAAGGGCCCCCUUGGAGGCCAGAAAGAAGUCUGAGGCAGAAUCUGAGUCUGGUGGAGACAGGAGCAGCCAAGCACAGGAGAAUCAGGAGUACAAUGAGCAGGAAGAGAACAGAGAAGAGACACUGAGAACCUGGGAACAGGGGGAGGAGGUGGUGGAGGAGGAAGAGGUCAGGACAAGAGAGCCAGGGGGGGGCAGAGGGGUGGAGUCAGGGUGGAUCUGGCACAGGGAGCCUGAGGGAAAGGCCGGUGCCCAUGAGCAGAAGGCAGUGAGGGAUGGCAGGGACUCAGAACAGACAGUCAAGGAGGCAGCUGCAGAGGAGAUCCAGGAGGCCAGCGCUAAAGAGGCUGGGAGGGAAGAAGAGGUGGUGGCUGUGGUGAGAGAUGGCCAAAGUGCAAGGGCACAGGGGACACAGGAGCCAGGGGCAGAAUUUGAGGAUGGGGCAACCUUGGGCAGAGAGGAGGUCAGGAUGACCUCAGACAGAAGGGAGGCCUGGACAAUCUCAGCCUGGGAGGAGGCCGGGGCAACCUCAGGCCAGGAGGAGUGUAGGACAAUCUCAGGCAGGGAGGAGGCCCGGACAACCUUAGGCAGGGAAGAGGCCUGGAUCACCUCUAGUGGGGAGGAGGCCUGGACAACCUCAGGCCAGGAGGAGUGUAGGACAAUCUCAGGCCAGGAGGAGGCCCGGACAACCUUAGGCAGGGAAGAGGCCUGGAUCACCUCUAGUGGGGAGGAGGCCUGGACAACCUCAGGCCAGGAGGAGUGUAGGACAAUCUCAGGCCAGGAGGAGGCCCAGACAACCUUAGACAGGGAAGAGGCCUGGAUCACCUCUGGUGGGGAGGAAGCCUGGACAACCUCAGCCUGGGAGGAGGCAGGGGCAACCUCAGGCCAGGAGGAGGGUAGGACAACCUCAAGCAGGGAGAAAGGUAGUACAACCUCAGGCCAAGAGGAGUGUAGGACAAUCUCAGACCAGGAGGAGGCCUGGACAACCUUAGGCAGGGAAGAGGCCUGGAUCACCUCUGGUGGGGAGGAGGGUAGGACAACCGCAAGCAGGGAGGAGGGUAGGACAACCUUAGGCCAGGAGGAGGCCUGGACAACCUCAGCCUGGGAGGAGGGUAGGACAGUCUCAGGCCAGGAGGAAGGUAGGACAACCUCAAGCAGGGAGGAGGGUAGGACAACCUCAGGCUGGGAGGAGACCUGGACAAUCUUAGGCCGGCAGGAGGUCGGGACAACCUCAGGCAGGAAGGAGGCUGGGACAACCUUUGGCAGGGAGGAGGUCACAGCAUCAUCAGGUGUGGGGGAAGGUAGGAUAACCUCAGACAUAGAGGCGGCUGACCUCCCAGGAGUCAGGGAGACAGAAUAUGGGGCAGUUCCAGGAAAUAGGUCCCCAGAGGGUACUGGGAGUCUGUGGGCCCUAGAGGAGGCCUCCAAGGGAGCCCAGGAGGAGGAGGUGGGUGAAAAUAGAGAGGCUGAGGUGAGCUUGUUCCCCAAACAGACCCAGGCCCUGCGAACUGAAGGAAUGGGAGGAGCAGCUAAGGGCCAGACAGCAGGGAAGGAGGAUGCAGAGAGCCAGGCGUCAGAGUGGGAAGCAGGGGAGGGCUUUGAGGGUAGGGCAGAUCAGGAUGGGAAAGAGGCCAAGGGAAGGCAAGACUCAGAAGUCGGGGCUGCUCAAGCAAGGCUGGAGGAGGUGGUGCAGGCACAGGAGGCCGAGGAGAAAGAGAGUUGCCGGGACAUAGAGGCUGAGUUCUCCCAGGACAAAGUGGCAAAUGAAGCUGAAGGUGAUGCUGACUUUGAGGCAGUCCUGGAGGCCAGCCCUGAAAAGGAGUUCAAGAAGAGUGAGGAAGAAGCUCAGAUGGGCCGAGAAGAAUUGGGAGUAGAGUGUGGUGGCCCUGAGCACAAGGUCACUGAAGUUCAGGAACUUGGGCUGAUAGGAGGUCUCCAGACCCCAGUGGAACCACCUGAGGAAGGACAGGUGGCGGAGGACGAGCUCUGGAGCACUCCAGCCCUGGGCAGAGAGGAGACAGAAGGGAGCCUGGAGGCUAGUACCAGGCCCAUGGGGUGUGUAAAGCCUGGUGCAGAAGCCUGGGGAAGCCAGAGAAAAGGGGAUGUAGAGAGAGGGAUCGCCCAGGAGGAAAGAGUAGGCAGUGGAGAAGGGGCAGAGGAGGCUGCAGGAGGCCGAGGGUCUGCACUGCCACAGGUGCCGGAGGCAGGCGGAGCGUGGGAGGAAGCAAAGGAGGCAGGGUGUGGAGCCGGGAGCCAGGAACUGGGUGGAAGGCACGGGGCAGAAGGAGGGACAGGCCAGUCAGUGGGAGAGUCAGAUGCCAGAGACGCCUCGGAUGAGGAGGCGGAGGCCGCAGUGCCAUGGGAGGCAGGUGGAACACCCGACAGAGUCUGGAGGCCGGAGGAGGCAGCUCUGAGCUUCCAGGACAGUGAGGAUACACGGGCCGGUUCUUUGGCUGCCGAGGUUGUGGAGAAUAAGGCAGCUUCAGAUGAAAAGGCUGCUGGAACUGGGGAGGGGCCCGAAAGAGAGGCUGGGGAAGCUUGGGAUGGCGCAUUUGGGAGAGGCUGGGGCUCAGAAGGGAGAGAGGCACCUGUCAGAGGUGAGGAGCUGAGGGAGGCUGCAGAGGGAGAGAACAGAGGUGGGCAGGAGUUGGGCCUGGAGAGCUCAGCAGAGGAGGAGGUUACUGGCAGAGGUGGCCAAGUAGAGGCUUUUGAAGCCAGGGAGGGUGAGCCAGGGGUCGGGUGGGUAGAGGUCGGGGAAUUUGUAGUGGCAGAAGAAGGCUGUGGGACUGAUGGCUUUACCUUGGGCUCCCAGGUGGCAAGGGCAGAGGGGACCAUGGCCAUAGUGGAGGCAGAAGGGCUCCCAGAAGGGCUGGUACUGUUAGAAAAAGAGGCUGGGAUAUGGCAAGCAAGGGAGCAGGGACAAAACAGUGAGGGGCAGUGUGGGGACCACAGCCCCGAAGGAGAGGCACAAAUGCCCUGUGAUGUGGAGGAUGCCGAGGUGACCAGACACCAGAGGGCAGAGGCUGAGGAGAUUGAUGCAAAAGACCUGGAGGACUUCCAGGGCCAGGAGGGCCAGUCAACAAAUCAGGAUCCCGAAGAGGCGGAGCCCGGGCUGGGUGAAGAGGCUGCAGGAAGUGCCGGAGGGGAUGCCCAUGGCAUCUGGAGUGAGGCCCUCCUCCCUGUGUCUCGCCUGGAUGUCUCUGUGCCGCGGAGCCGUGUGCUCCUCUCCCGCAGCUCCUCCCAGCGUCGCUCCCGGCCCUCUUUCCGGCGGAUCCCCACCCCUGAGCAGCAGAAGGAGCCUGCCAGCCCCCCACCAGAGGAAGAGCUGUCAGCCCCUGAGCAGAGACUUCUCCAGCCAGAGGAACCCCCAGAGCCAAGCCCCCCAAGGCCUGAAGGGACCCCAGUGCCAGCCAGGAGAAGGCCCCUGGGAUAUGGGUUUGGCCUUGCACACUCCGGCAUGAUGCAGGAACUGCAAACCAGACUGGGCCGGCCAAAGCCCCAGUGACUGGGCACCGAGACCUAGGAACCAGGCCUGAGUAAGAGGCAGAGGGCUCGGCCGAACCCUGCCCAGCCUGGCUCCCUUGGCCACUUUGGAUGUACCCUGUCCAACCUCUGGGCCUUAUCUUGGUGUUUCAUUCAUGGAGCAGACAGAGCCGGACAUCUUUGCGAACCACGAACUUAAGGAAUCUGACUCCACUGCAGCUGAUGGACCACCUGCCCUACUGGGACCACAUCUCAUGGCCCAUCCUGACUACCUCCCAACCUGUCUCAGCAGUUGUCCCGAGGACUGAGGGGCCAGAGACGCUUCUCCCACGGCCUUCCUUCUCUGACUGCCCCCACUUCCCAGACUGCUCCCCAAGGCCGUAGAGAGCUGUGUGGGAGGAGGGCAAACCUCGGGUGGAAGGCAGACCUGAGGAAAGGGGCCAGGAGGGGCUCCAUUGACAAUCAGAGGUUGAUAUCAGCAGACCAGCCACCUUGAGCUUCCAAAAUGGGAGCUCAGCCUCAGAACUCUGCUGGUUUCUAUGGCAGCCACCAACUGAGUAAGUCAGAGUGGAGAGAGGUGGGCCAGAAACCCCAACAUGUAGAAGCAGAGAGGGGCCCAGGGUGGCCAGAGGCUGCAGAGUCCAUUUUAGGCCCCUUUGGUGGGAGACACCCUUUCUCUGAACAGAAGGCGAGGCAGAGAGAGGGUGAGGGUGUUUUCUUUAUUAGGCGCCCAGAAUGGUGAACAGCCAGUGGGCCCUGAGACAAUAAAUAAACUAUCAUUUCCCUAAACAAUAAAUAAAUAUCCAAGAAAUAAAUAUCCAGCAAGGACUGGAGGGGCCUUAAGUUAUUGGUGGGGUGUGGGGAGGGAGGUCAGUGGAGUCCUGCCUUGUCGAAGGCAGUGAGCUGGUGGCUGUCCUGUUGGCCCAGUAUCCAGUCCUAAAGUCCUAACUGGUGAGGCAAGGGGCUGCAGAUCAUUCCUUCAGGGCUGGGAGCCAGCCAGUGUUGGACACCCCAAGGCUUGGAGUGGGUUCUUAGCCUGGGAGAGCAGCAGCAAGUCCCGCACGGCCCGAGACAAGACAAGCUCCAGGGAGUGCAGCGACUGGUAGGUGUAGAGGAGCUGGGGCCAGGACACAGGGGCUGACCCCUGUGAGGGGCCGCCCCGCGUCCCCAGGAGCAGCCCCGCCCCCUCCUCCUCCUCCUCCACCUCCGGGAACUGGAAUCCUGCAGUCAGCACCUGCGAGGAGACGAGGAGACGCCCGUGGGUCAGAAAAUGGUCUGGCUGAGAUGCUGAGUGAAUCCUUGUUCCUUUAUGUGUCUAGUGGUGCCAGAUGACGGCAGAGACCACAGAGUCGUGAUUUCACUGGACAACCCCUCCUUCAGAUCUUUCAUUAUGUCAUCACCUCAUGAUUUUUUUGCUUCAAGAAAAUGGAAGUCACAGAGCGAGGUGGUGCUCGUGGAGGGAGCUGGCUCUCUCCAGGACUGCCCUGGGCAGCUGGGGUUCUGGGAAGUCCUCUCCUAGCGGUCAUCUUAGAAUCAGAAACGGGCAGAAAAGUGAUAUGGCUAGUUUUUCUGCUGCUUGCAUUUUCGAUUCUCAUUUUAAUAAAAGUAAA